AUGGCUGAUCUUCGUAAACGUGUCCAUUCAAUGCUUGGACAGAAUAAUAAUUUGAAAAAUAAUGGUACAGUAAAACAUUUCGUACAAGAAGGUUUUAAAAGGCGAACAAUUUAUGAUAUAAUAAAACGUUAUGAAAUUGGUCUACCAGCCGAAGACUUGCCAAGAAGUGGUCAUCUAACAUCUUUCAAAGGAAAAAUCUUGAAACGUUUACAAAAUGCUGCUGCUAAUCAUAUUGGUGUUAGUCAACGAAAACAGGAAAAACAUUUGAAGGCACCAAAAUAUAAUAAAAGUCAACUCGAACAAGUACCCAAAAAGUGUCGUAAAUUGAGACGUGAAAUCACAACACCCGACACCUUCAUUAUUGUUGAUGACGAAAAAUAUUUUACUUUCUCUCAUGAUGGUAUGCCACAAAAUGGCGGUUUUUAUGCUUUUGAUAAAGAAGAUGUCCCAGAUAGUGUGAAAUAUAAAACAAAAGAGAAAUAUCCGAAAAAAUUUUUAGUUUGGUUGGCAUUGCCAGCCAAAGGUAUCUCAAAACCUUAUAUUGGUGGAACUAAAGGUCCAGCAAUUACCGCCGAUAUUUACAUUAAUAAAUGCUUAAGUAAACUUCGUUCGUUUAUUGAAGAACAUCAUGCUGGUGAUGAAUACUUAGGUCAUACAAAAAGUUCCCAGAUUAUUAAAAAAAAUAUAUAA